AUGAAGAAUCUCGAGAAUAUCGUCGUCCUUCUCGCCGCGACAGCGCGUAUCGCCCUGGGGCAUAGCUGUGAGCAUCAAUGGGAGGGUAAAUUUGCAGCAAACCACAAGGUCGACGGUGUUCCUUAUUUGGAAGUGAGGCAGGAUGUCCCUCCGCCGCCUCUAGAGAUCCGGCCUCUCAUUGUGAACGGGCCGUCGAGCAACCGCGUCGAUCUAAUUUUCUUCGGCGAUGGAUAUACCGAGGAAGAGAAAGACAAAUUCUUUGCUGAUGCUCUCUUCCUCGCAAACAAUGUCACAGUUGGACAGACAUUUGUUGACGUGCUCCCUACAUUGAACUUCUGGGCUGGGUUCUCGCCGAGUGCGGAAAGCGGCGUUGGUACCGGUGGGAAACCUCUAGAUACCGUUUACGGGCUUUAUCGAGAUGGCACUGAGCUGCGUGGUGUAUAUUACGAUAAAGAAGAUGUAGCUCGCGCUGCCUGUGAAUCGACAGAAGCGUGUGAUUUUCCUAUUCUCCUUGGGAACGACCCACUAUAUGGAGGGCUGGGCGGUGAAUUCACCGUCGUGACGGCUUCUCCUAUCAACGGCCCGGCGAUCAUCCGUCACGAACUAGGCCAUUCCAUCAUAAAUAUCGGUGAAGAAUAUGACGGAGGCGCUAUCUACAGCGGCGUCAACGCGGCCCAGUCCACUGAUGAGGUUCCCUGGACGCAGUGGUACACUGACCCGUCGACUGAGCCGAACAUCCAGCGCUCCAACAUGCCGAUACAAGCAUACCCCUGGACGCUGCUGAACACGUCGCAGAGCUGGAGCCAGACUUUUACCUCGGCCGGCACCUACGCCACUCACCUUCUCCAGGUCAGUGUGAGCGGGAUGACAGCCAGCAGCGACUUGCUCGUGGAGAUCGAUGGCAAGGACGUGGGCUGGGAGAUCAACCCGGAAGUCGGAGUAGAUCGGUACAUCUACAACAUGAAGAUUGAUUCGGCGCUUUCUCCGGGGGAGCAUGAGGUGAGGUUCACCCUUCUCAACGAGGAGAUUCAGGGGAGCGCGCAGCUUUGCAACCUUGAAGUAAUAGAGUACGGCGAAGAGUUUAAUUUCGAUCCGCAAUACCAUGGACUUUAUCCUACAUUCUCCGAUGAAAACAUAACCACAUACCGCCCCACGAACGAUCUCUGCCUGAUGCGCAACACCUAUUCUGCAAGCUUCUGCUCUGCUUGCAUCGAAGGUCUAUGGCUAGCCCUCCUUGGUAGGCUCAACUUCAUUGACAACAUCACACAAGUUGCCCAGCCAGACAAGUCGACCAACGUCACUCUUGAGCUCCUUCCCCUAGCAGAAUUCAGGCAGGUGCCAAAUCCGCACCAGGAAGCUUACACGAUCCUUUGGUAUGGAGCCAAGGAUAAUGAGGUUUUGGAUGAAUGGACGAACAAGACUAGCGCGCUCAUUGGAUCAAAUAUCACAGAGUUUGGGGUCGAGGUCAGAUUUUGGACAGAGCAGAUCAGGGUUGACAAGGCUGGUGUAUUGGUUCAUAAGGAGAGAUUUGCGGUAAACAAUUCGAGUGUCAAUGAGUACGCAGAAAUGUGAGAAUCAACCUAGAUUCCUAGGUUAGUAUGCUUCACAUAUAUGACUAGGUUAGGUAGUUAGGUAGGUACCGGCAUGAGAUCGGGAGAUCUAUGAGACUACUUGUUUGCCUACACAAGUUUUCAUUAGUUAGAAAGAUAUAUUUUGUUCCUGUUCAAAUUAGCAAAAAAAUGUGUUUGUGAUAUUAAGAGUGUGAUGGUGAUGAUUACCCCCUUUUUAAGGGCUUGAACUUGAAAGGGG